AUGACGGACCAGAUCCCGCCGGUCACUCGAUUCGUCACUGGCAAGGACGAUGCCCAGCCCAUCGUCGUCGAGUGGGCCAGCUAUGCGCGGCGUCCAGAUGGCUCGGUGUCCAAGGCCGCGGUAUACCACGAGUACGCUGCCUUCUGCGAGCAGCGCGCGCUCGAGAUGGCCAACCGGAGCGUGUUCGGCAAGCUGAGCAUCGGCCCCGACCUCGCAGUCAUCGAUGUCAUCGCCAUCGAUCUCCACCUCCUUCGCCGCAUCAUCGUCGAGCGGCGGACCCCGCGGCAGCGGGCGAGUGCCACCGCCGCCAGCAACAUCUUCCAUGUCGAUGUCCCCUCGUUCCUGCCCUCCGGCCGACCAUGA